AUGAAUAUAGUUGCUAAAGGUUUUACAUUUGAUCAUAGUGAUGAACAUGUAGAUGAUUUUAUUAGAAGAAUGAAAAAUAAUCCUUGUGAUUCUUUUGAAAUAACAAUUUUUUCUGAUUCAUUAAUAACUGGAGUUGGUACAUAUGAUUUGACUGGAAGAAUUUCUUUUAAUUCAGAUCGUUCAAGAAAAUUUGUUAAAAGAAUGAUACCAUUAUUUAAAGAAUCAGAUAAAGUGAGGAGUUUAAAAAUUAUAUUAACAAGAAACUUUCAUGAUAAUGGAGCAAUUUUUGAAGUAUUAAAAAACACUGAAAAUAAUAGUAUUGUUAAAAUUCAAUUUAGUAUUAUUUUAUAUGAAUAUACCAGAAAUUUAACAAAUAUUGGUCUUAAAAUAUUUUCUGGAUUCAAGAAUUUAAGAAUCAUUGAAAUUUUAUUGGGAAGUGAUAAAAAUUUACCAAUGUAUGAAUAUUUAAUUAAUUGUAUUCCUAAUAAUAGUAGGUAUACCUUAACUUUUAUCCUAACAAAUUAUACAAUAUUUAAUAAGGAUGAUAUUCAUUUAAAACUUGUUAAAUUAGCUGGUACAAGAAAAAUAAAAUUAGGAAUAAUUGAUAAUAGUUAUUCUGAUGCAAGAAAAUUACUUCAUUGGUUAAGUUCUUUAAAUCAAAAUUGUCUUCAAAAAAUUGUCAAACUACAUAUUCGUGCCGAAAUGUAUCAAAUAUUAAAUGAUUAUCUUUUAAAUGUUCUAAAAAUGGAAAAUCUUGAAUCACUAUCAUGUAUUUUAUUUGGUGAUCGUGGAAAUGCAUCUGAUGUAGCUUUUAUUAAAAGAUAUCUAAGAAAUGAAACAGGUGGUUUUACUAAUUUACAUCAUUUAAAAAAAUUAAAACAAGUUAGAUGGUAUCAUCCAUAUCCUCCCAGAUCUGACAUUGUCUUCACACAAUAUCUCAAUAAUUCUUCUUUUGGAUUUUAUGCUUUUAUUCAAACUUUACCAAGUACAGUUGAGAGCUUGUAUGUUAAUGGAGUAAAAGUUAUGGAUUCUAUAUUUACAGAAAAAAUUAAUUUUUAUCUACCAAAUCUUGUUUAUUUACAUCUUUCACAAAUACAAUAUUUAGGUAGAAUGUGUCUUUAUGAAUUAAAAAAUCUAAAAUAUUUAAUUUUUCAUGACUGCCAUGUUUCUGAAAUUCCUGAUUCUGUCAAAGCUUUAGGAGUUUUUCGCUGCAAAAAUGAAGGCUGUACAAAUUUGUACAAUGAAUGGAUAAGGUAUAUUGAUCAUAUACAUAAGUUUCGAAAAAUUCACGAAUACUUGGAACAUCCAUCUGGACGUAUAUUUUUCAAUGAUAUAAAAGAUGCCUGUAUAAUUUCUACAGCUUUUCAUUCAUUAUAG